UAUUUUUUACUACGUUUGACGACCUCUCUCUCUCUAAGGAAGUUUGACACGCUCAACCCCCUCUUCUUAUUAAUCUCCUGUCCUCCCAUUUCUCUCCCUCGACACCAAUUCUCUCUCUCUCUCUCAUACACACAGUAGGUAUUUCUUUCUCUCUCUCACACACACAUACACACAAUAGUAUUUAAGCUCAAGAUCGAGAUCAAGAGAAGCUAGAGAUGGGUAAUGGAUACAAUCACCAUCUCCAUCAUCAAAAGCUCCAACACAGAGGCACAUUCUUGCCAAUGCUGUGUUCAAGGACAUGGAUCAAAGACGUGCAUCUCCCCAAGCUAUGGCAACGCCGCUCCGGCUCCUCCGGCGAGCCCACAUCACCAAGAGUCAGCUGCAUGGGCCAGAUCAAGAGGAACAACAAAGUCACAGCCUACACCAAGACAAACCUCAAGUAUCAUAAUUCCAACAAGCCCAAAAACCUCCUUCCCGCCAAAACUCACAUUACCACCACUAGUGGUGGUGGUGGUAGUGCAAGAAGAUCCAACUUCAGUGACCAUUAUCACAAUUAUGUUCCGGUUAAUAUCGUCGACAUGGAUCCACCACUGCCGGUGAUCAAGAGGGUGCAGCAACCGGCUGAGGGGGGCCGCGACGAAACCAGUCUAUGGAAGAGGAGAUCUGGUGGGAUGGCACUCAAAGGUUUACAGAUUCAUACACCUAAUGGUCAUCAUUAGAGAAUUCAAUUUGAGGUAUUGUUAAGGAAAUAGACGUGUAAAUUUGUUGAUUUUGGGUUACAAAAUUGUACUCGAUGGAUUAUUUAAGUGAAUGGUAAAAAAUGAGUGUAAAUUUUUGAAAGUCAUUUGACAUGGUCUUGUUUGAACA